AGACACUGGAGGACGCGGAACUGCAGCACGGCCUCGUCUCACUGGAGCAGCCUUCACACUGAGAGCAGCGGGGACUAGCGCGAACAUGGUGGCGGCAGAGCUGACAAACAGGAAAAUGUGACAGUGAGGGAAGGGGAGGGGAGUAGCCGGAGAAGAGAGGAAGGAAGGGGCGGGAAGAGGAGCUGGUGGCAGCGGCUGUCACUUCCAGUGCAGCACAGGCAGGGAUCCACCAGGCUGCCACCUCUGCCAGCUCGCACACAUACAUGACAGGCACUGGCCGUGGAUUAUCUUCUGGUGCCUGCAGCUUCCCGGUGUGAGGCUCGGCGAGCGGCUGUCUCGUCUGGAGAACACGAUAAGCAUCAGGAGAACCCCCCCUCCUUAUUAUCCCUCCUCACUGAGCACCUGCAGCCCACCUCCUCCUCCCCCGGGGCCAGGACCCUCCUGUGUGGGGUGCCCAUCAGCCACAGCAGCAGAGGAAGAAGGGAGGAGGAGAGGAAAGGUGGGGGGUGAGAGGAGAGAGGGAUCUGGAGGAGGAGGAGGAGGUGGUGGUGGAGGAGAAGGUGGUGGAACCAGAGGCAGAGAAGGGAAGCGGUGACCAUGUGGAAAUUUAAGGAAUUCAGGAAGGUGCUGGACGGCCUGACGGCCGCGUCCUCCUCCUCUUCAUCGUCUGCUUCAUCUCAGCCCGGGACCAGGGAGGUGGACAUCCCAGAGACGCUCCAGUCCGAGCACUUCCAGCUCUGCAAGACGGUUCGCCAUGGAUUUCCCUUUGAGCCGUCCUCAAUGGCAUUUGAUCCAGUGCAGAAGAUUCUUGCAAUUGGCACAAAUCAUGGAGCUCUGAGGCUAUUUGGUCGGCCAGGAGUUGAGUGCUAUUGCCAGCAUGACAGUGGUUCUUCAGUAAUCCAGCUUCAGUUCCUGAUUAAUGAGGGAGCUCUUGUGAGUGCCUUGACGGAUGACACCUUACAUCUUUGGAAUCUACGACAGAAGCGACCUGCCAUACUUCAUUCCCUGAAAUUCAGCAAAGAACGGAUAACAUUUUGCCACCUGCCUUUCCAGAGCAAAUGGCUCUAUGUGGGUACCGAAAGAGGAAAUAUUCACAUUGUCAACGUGGAGAUGUUCACGCUCUCAGGCUACGUCAUCAUGUGGAAUAAAGCCAUUGAACUGUCAUCCAAAUCACAUCCAGGGCCAGUUGUCCACAUCAGUGAUAAUCCAAUGGAUGAGGGAAAGCUGCUAAUUGGUUAUGAGUCUGGUACAGUAGUAUUAUGGGAUCUAAAGUCGAAGAGAGCAGACUACAGAUAUACCUACGAUGAGGCAAUCCAUUCUGUUGCUUGGCACCAUGAAGGAAAGCAGUUCAUCUGCAGCCAUUCGGAUGGUACCCUGACCAUAUGGAAUGUACGCUCUCCUGCCAAGCCAAUACAGACAAUCGUACCACAUGGUAAGCAGAUAAAGGAUGGAAAGAAACCAGAACCAUGCAAACCUAUCUUGAAAGUGGAGUACAAAACAACAAGAAAUGGGGAGCCUUUUAUUAUACUCUCUGGCGGUCUGGCCUAUGAUACAGCAGGAAGAAGACCUUGCUUAACAGUCAUGCAUGGUAAAAGCACAGCGGUCCUAGAAAUGGAUUAUCAGAUUGUGGAUUUUCUUACCCUGUGUGAAACUCCAUAUUCGAACGAUUUCCAGGAGCCCUAUGCUGUGGUUGUACUUUUAGAACAAGAUUUAGUAGUCAUAGACCUUGCACAAAAUGGAUAUCCUAUAUUUGAGAACCCAUAUCCUCUGAGCAUACAUGAGUCUCCUGUUACUUGCUGUGAAUAUUUUGCGGACUGCCCUGAGGACCUCAUCCCUGCACUUUAUUUUGUUGGAAACCGGCAAAAGCGGCAAGGUUAUAGUAAAAAGGAAUGGCCUGUCGGUGGUGGUAACUGGGGUGUUGGUACUCAAAGUUACCCAGAGAUAAUAAUCACAGGUCAUGCGGAUGGAUCAAUCAAAUUUUGGGAUGCUUCAGCAAUAACAUUGCAAAUGUUGUAUAAACUCAAGACUGCAAAAGUAUUUGAGAAAUCUCGGAAUAAAGAAGAUAAACCUAGCACGGACAUUGUAGACGAAGAUCCUUAUGCCAUCCAGAUGAUCUCCUGGUGCCCAGAGAGCAGGAUACUAUGUGUGGCAGGCGUCUCAGCUCAUGUAAUCAUCUACAGGUUCAGCAAACAGGAAGUGACCACAGAUGUCAUCCCGAUGCUGGAAGUAAGGUUGCUGUAUGAAAUCAAUGAUCUAGAGUCCCCAGAUAUUGAACAAGUGCCAACGCCCAGCGGAGGACCUAACUCCCAGCCCAUUGUUCUUCAGUCGCACCCAUCCACAAGCAGUAGUUCAUCUGAUGGGAUUCGUGACAACGUACCCUGUUUAAAGGUUAAAAGCACUCCUUUAAAGCAAUCUGCUGGUUACCAAGUAGAGCUUGUGAUACAACUUGUUUGGGUCAGCGGAGAACCUCCUCAGCAAAUAACCAGCCUAGCUGUCAAUUCUGCAUAUGGCCUAGUAGUAUUUGGAAACUGUAAUGGUAUUGCAAUGGUGGACUACAUCCAGAAAACCGUCCUUUUAAACCUUGGUACAAUUGAACUAUAUGGCUCAAAUGAUCCAUACCAGAGGCAGCCACGUUCUCCGCGCAAGACAAGACAACCGUCUGGAGCUGGUCUUUGUGACAUUAACGAGAGUACCACAGCUUCAGAAGAUCGUUGCAAAUCCCCCACCUCAGGUUGUGGCUCUCCCACAUCUUCUGAUGAUGAACAGGCAAUGAAAUUAUUUAUAGAAAAGGUGAAGAGCAAGGGCAGAAAGAUUUCCAGGGCGGUAGCCACUGAUAUAGCAAAGAUGUCAAGGAAGUUAAGCCUACCUACAGAAUUAAAGCCUGAACUAGAUGUGAGAGACAACUCCUUCAGUCGAUCUCGGAGUUCCAGUGUGACCAGCAUAGACAAGGAUUCACGGGAAGCAAUAUCUGCUCUCCAUUUUUGUGAGACAUUCACAAGAAAACCUGAUACAUCAACAUCACCAUGCUUAUGGGUUGGAACCACAUUAGGGACGGUCUUAGUAAUUGUAUUGAACUUGCCACCAGGAAGAGACCAGAGACUACUUCAGCCUGUUAUUGUAUCUCCAAGUGGAACAAUACUGAGGCUAAAGGGUGCAAUCCUAAGAAUGGCAUUUCUGGACUCACUAGGAGCUAUAAUCCCACCAGCGUAUGAAGCCUGGAGGGAACCUAACGCACCUGAAGAAAAGGAUGACAAGGAGCGGUUGAAAAAAAGGAGGCCAGUUUCAGUCUCACCAUCUUCGUCUCAGGAAAUCAGUGAAAGCCAAUAUGCAGUAAUAUGUUCAGAAAAGCAGGCGAAGGUGAUCUCACUGCCCUCCCAGAACUGCAUUUAUAAACACAACAUUACAGAGACUUCUUUUGUCCUUCGUGGAGAUAUAGUGUCAAUGAGUAAUAGUACUUGCCUUGCAUGUUUCUGUGCCAAUGGACACAUUAUGACAUUUAGUUUGCCAAGUUUAAGGCCGCUGUUGGAUGUAAAUUACUUGCCACUAACCAACAUGCGGAUAGCCCGAACAUUCUGCUUCACGAACAAUGGGCAGGCAUUGUAUCUCGUCUCACCUACAGAAAUACAGAGAAUUACCUACAGUCAAGAAACUUGCGAGAACCUACAGGAAAUGCUAGGAGAGAUGUUUACUCCAGUUGAAACACCUGAAGCCCCUAAUAGAGGUUUCUUCAAAGGUUUGUUUGGAGGAGGAGCACAGUCACUGGACAGAGAAGACCUCUUUGGAGAAACAUCUGGUAGACCACGACCAACUGUUGUCACGCACAUUCCUGGACCAGGUGGUUUGGAAGGAGUGAAAGGAGCUGCAACGGGUGUUGGUGCUGAACUAGCACGAGCCAGAUGGGCUCUGGAUGAGAGAGGACAGAAAUUAGGAGAGUUGGAAGAUAGGACAGCUGCCAUGCUUUCUAGUGCGGACUCAUUCUCAAAACAUGCUCAUGAGAUGAUGUUAAAAUGCAAGGAAAAGAAGUGGUAUCAGUUCUGAUGAGCCAGACUCAAAUACAUCUACCGUAUUUUAACUUCACUGGGGAAGAAGAUUUUAAGCAAAACAUGCAACCAUUUUUCUCACCCUUUCUUUCUGCAGGACAGUUGGGAACAAGAGUUGAACAUUCAUAUUUGGUUACUGUUUCCUAGCACAAAUCAUAUACUGUUUUACCUCAGUGUCUUGGUUUUAACUGAGGAGCAUUACAUCCAAGAAAAUAGAAACAAACUCAGUAUUUGUCUCUAAGCUGUGGUUUGGUGAAAAGAUGCAAAAGAUAAGGAAGCAAAGUGGCAGUGAGAAGACACAAGAAUGAGAAGUCGAAAUUAUGUUUUUUUGCUUCAUUUGUUUGUUAAUAUUUUUCAGUUUUUUCUUA